AGCUGGUAUCCGAUUGGACGUGGUGUCAGUCGCUGUUCGAUUCCAGCUGUUGGCCCCGCCCCCCGCCGCGGAGCGCGAGUAUUUAAGGCGCCUGCAGCUGUCUGCAUCAGUUUAGCCAGGAGCGGCGGAGCAUCAUGACCCCGGACCGGACCUGAACCGGAGCGAGCCGAGCCGCGCACAGCCGAGACGAGCCCAGGAGAAACGGAGCCGAGCCGAGCCGAGCUGAACCGGACCGAGCCGAGCUGAACCGGACCGAGCCGAGCUGAGCCGCUCGGGCUGUCUCUCCACGGAAAGUUGUCCUGAAGUUUCCAGGAUGCCGCGCUCCUUCCUGGUGAAGAAACACUCCAACUCGGCCAAGAAGCCCAACUACAGCGAGCUGGAGGGCCCCGCAGUGUUCAUCUCCCCGCACAUCUAUCACGGCCUGCCGCUGCCGCUGCCGGAGGUCCGGAGCCCGGCCGCCUACAGCCCCAUCCCCGUCUGGACCACCAGCAGCUUGCCGCUGUCCCCCGUGUCCGGAUACCCGUCCUCGCUGUCCGACGCUUCCUCCAAGGACCACAGCGGCUCGGAGAGUCCGCGGAGCGACGAGGACGAGCGGCUGCCGGGGAAGCUGGCGGAGGCGCACGGAGCGGAGGCGGAGAAGUUCCAGUGCGCCGUGUGCGGCAAAGCCUACUCCACCUACUCCGGACUGCUGAAGCACAAGCAGCUGCACUGCGACCAGGCCCGGAAGAACUUCAGCUGCAAGUUCUGCGACAAGCAGUACGUGAGUCUGGGAGCGCUCAAGAUGCACAUCAGGACGCACACGCUGCCCUGCGUCUGCAAGAUCUGCGGGAAGGCCUUCUCCAGGCCCUGGCUGCUGCAGGGACACAUCCGGACACACACGGGCGAGAAGCCGUUCUCCUGUCCUCACUGCAGCAGAGCCUUUGCAGACAGAUCCAACCUUCGAGCUCACCUCCAGACUCACUCGGACGUGAAGAAGUACCAGUGUCUCAGCUGCUCCAAGACCUUCUCCAGGAUGUCUCUGCUGCACAAACACCAGGAGUCUGGCUGCUGCGCUGCACACUGAGGGGGGUUGGGGGCUGCAGAUCAAUCCCUCUGCCCCCCCGUCACCUCCCGGCCCCCCACCCCAUAUCUGCAGAGCUUUCUUUGCUUCCCCUCUGAGGAGGAAGAGGAGUUGGUGGAGCAGGAGCUGCAGGAGGAGGAGCUGGAGGAGCAGCGAUAUCGGGUGCAGAGGGAAUAUUUGACUUUUGGAGACCAACAUUUGCACAGACUCUCAGCGGCACUCAGAUCCAGUUUCUUACUUUGAAUCGAUUCUCCUUUUUCUACUUUUAUAUGAUGAAUGUACGAGUGAACUGAGGUAAUGAUUGUAUGUUAACAGUGAAAACUGUGAUGCUCAAUGACUUUUGAUACUUUCAUAUUUACAUGACACUUUGAUAAAAUAAAGAUUCAUGACUUUUUUUUUAUUAAAAUAAUCCACGAGUCUGGAAACUUUCUGAUGAAGAUGUUUCUGUUCGAAGUUAUACUAAUGGAGACAGCAGUCAUCUACAGAGGCCGCUGUGGCUCAGUGGGUUGCAGGUUUGAUUCCCCAUCUGCCUGAGACACUCCGGGUCCAGGAUCAGGCCUGAACAGGACUCCAGUUAGACCCUCUGAGGGUCCUUGUUGGUUGUUUUUACACCAUAUAACCACUGCGACGCUGUAAAAUCCAGAAACGAAGCUUCAGGAGCUUUUAGCUGUCCUAUUUUUACCAAAUCUCUCGAUUGUUUCUAAACGUGUGAAGAUAAAGGACUAAACCUACAAACCAAAACUUCUUUUUUUGAAAUUUUAGUCUUUCUAAAGCUGAUUGUUU